AUGCAAGAAGUUCAGAGUGAAUGCUUCACAGCACGCCUCCAACGCCCACAAGUUUUUGACAUUAUUUCUCUAAAAAUCAUUGCCAAUGAAAGUCUUCAGCCACCCAGGCCUCGAGAGCUUCUCACCGACUUUACUUACCCACUCAAGCCAGCACCUCCGCCCGGUACUCUGGCAAGCUUCUUGUUCCCUGGUUACCCCUUGCCAGAUACGCAACCAUCAGUCCCUUAUCCCGCUGCUUUCCUUGUGCAGACUCCGGCCAUUGCAGGGCCAUCUACUCCGCUUCCUAACUCAGAAGAUAUCCCUACAACCCCAGCUUGGAACCCAAGCUCACGAACCCCCUGCUGUGGCAAUGAUGCCACUUCUCCAUAUUGGCUCAGAGAUGACUGCUUCACCAACAUGAGGCUGAGCCUUCGUCUCAUCAACACCAACCCUAAUUUCCAUAGGGGCGAGCACAAAGAUAAGUGUGGGGUGUUCAAGGGAGUAGUCGGAGAUGCAGUGAAGGUCCAGCUCGGUUUCAAAAUUUUGGAAGUGCCAUUUCCAUAUUUAAUACCUGAAAGGCCGGAGUGCAAAUCCCAGGUUGUUAUCACAUUUACCAGCCCACAUAAGGGGUCGCAGUUUAGGAUCAAGGAGUUUGGCGAAGAUUUUUGCGGCUGCUCAAUUUUGAAAUCAACAAUGCUUUUGAGGAAGGUUGAUGUCAAAAUCGCCACCAAUCAACUGGUAGUCACCGCCCGAGACAGUCGGCGAUAA